AUGUUCAUUCAAAAUCUAUCGAUUCUUCAGAUUGCUGAGUCCCACACGGGAGAGUUGUGGCGCGGCAAAUGGCAAGGAAAUGACAUUGUGGCUCGCAUUCUGGCUGUGCACGAAGUCACCCCACGGAUAUCUCGCGAUUUUCAGACUGAGUUCCCAGCUCUCAGGAUCUUCGCUCACACUAACAUCUGCCCAGUUUUGGCAGCCGCAAAUCAACCUCCGAAUCUAGUUGUUAUCAGUCAGUAUAUGCCUUUUGGUAGUCUCUACAACGUGCUUCAUGAGCAGAGCUCCGUUGUUAUCGAUCACAGCCAAGCCAUUCGAUUUGCUGUGGAUAUAGCUCGAGGAAUGUCAUACCUGCACAGUUUGGAUCCUCCUAUUCUCAGGUACUAUUUAUCAAGCAAGCAUGUGGUUGUCGAUGAAGAAUUAACAGCAAAACUUUCGAUGGCAGACACGAAGUUCUCCUUUCAAGAAGUGGGAAGGCUAUACUCUCCUGCAUGGAUGAGCCCAGAGGCACUUCAAAGAGAUCCUGAAGACCUAAACAUUAGAGCAGCAGACAUGUGGAGCUUUGGCAUCAUGUUGUGG